AUGGAAAGUAAAAAAAAUUGUACAAUUUUAUCUUUGUAUAGUGAAAAUAAGAACCAAAAAGGAACAUUAUGUUAUAUUUCUUUUAAAUUCAUUUGCUUAAGUUUAUAUGUAAUUGGAUUUUACUAUGUUUUUCUAAAUACAUCUUUAGAGAACAAAGGCUUACAAAUUGUUAAUAUUAGAAAUGUAUAUGAACGAAAUUUAGGUGAAGCACAAAAAAAUAGUAACGGACCACAAAGGAAAAGAAAUUUAAAACUUAAAAAUGAAGAUGUAAAUAAAACAAAAUCUAAUGGAAAUAUUAAAAGUAAUGAAGAAAAAGUAGAGGAAAAUAAAGAUUGUACUAACAAUGAUAUGAAGAAUGAUAAUGUGGAAAAUAAAAGUAAUAGUUCUAUGAAUAAUAUAAAUUAUAAUGAUAUGUCAAAAACUUUAACAGAAAAGGAAUUAUUUGAUGUUUUAAAUUCAUUUGAAGAAUGCCCCGCAAAAGAAAAUCUUAGAAAUAUAUGGAAUCAUGCAGUUGGUAUUGCAAAAGAAGGUGUUGAUGAUAUACAGAGAGAGUUAAAGGGAUUAAUACAAAAAUAUUUAGAUAAUGAUGUUUGUGAUGAGAGGGGAGAUUGGCUAUAUGAAACUAUUUGGAAACGAAAUCUUUUUAGUUUUUGUGAUAAAAUAUCAACUGAAGAGGUAAAAUACACUAAAAACUUUUAUAACUUAAUUAAUGGUAAACAUACAAUUGAUGAUAUAUUGAAAUUUAUUUAUUCGUUCUUAGAACAUUUUAAGACAUUAAAAAAAGAAUUACACCAAAAACACCAUAAGGAACUUCUUGAAAGUAUUGCGCAAAACGUACGUUCAUUUUAA